AUGCUUCUUCUCUCGAGUCUUUUUCAGAAGAUCCGAACAUAUUCUACCAAGGUGGAAAAUCCACGACUGCGGAACUAUGACACUUUUAAUCCCACCCUACGAGCCACCAUCCAGCAGUUGGAUGCCAUAAGCCCACGUUUCGAGCUCGCUAAAAAUCAACUGGAAAUACUUUACCAUCCCGCCGACUUCUACAAUCUCAUUAAGCAAAAAAUCAGAUCUGCGGAGAAUCGUAUAUUCCUCUCAUCCCUUUACAUUGGGAAAACUCAACACGAGCUUGUCGAAUGUUUGCAAGACUCGUUGUCUCAAAAGCCUGAGCUCAAAGUUGACAUCCUUGUCGACUAUCUUCGUUCCACGCGAGAGUCUCCUAAUCCUAGUCCAGCAUCGCUCUUAGCACCACUUGUGGAGAAAUUUGGCAAGGAGCGAGUCAACAUUCGUUUCUAUCAUACUCCGCAUCUUUCAGGCAUCAAAAAAGCACUGCUUCCAAAAAGAAUAAACGAGGGAUGGGGAUUGCAACAUAUGAAGAUAUGUGGAUUUGACAAAGAAGUGAUACUCACAGGCGCCAACCUCUCGGAGGACUACUUUACUAAUCGUCAGGACAGGUACUAUCUGUUCAAGAAUGCACCUUUGGCGGACUACUAUUUUGGCCUCCAAAAAGCAGUCAGCUCUAUAAGUUACCAGCUAAUACCUUCCAAAACCUCUGAAAAAUAUACACUAGAAUGGCCAUCGUCCAACUUUGCCUCAGAGCCUCAUCUCAACGUUGAACGGUUCAUCAAAGAGUCCACCAGGCUCGUUCUACCGCUUCUGAGAAGCCCCGUUACCAAACCUGAAUACCUUGCCGACCCUGAGAUUAUUGUCUAUCCCGUUUCCUCGCUGAAGCCAAUUAUGAACCCCGAUAGGUCCACUGAGAAGCCUGCAAUUCUGCGCUUACUGACACUCCUCAAUGACCCCGACGUGAAGUGGGCUUUUACUGCUGGAUAUUUCAAUAUCCACCCUGAAAUCAGCUCCAGGUUUAUUGAGUCGCAUGCUAAAGGAACUGUCAUCACAGCGGCUCCAGAGGCAAACUCAUUCUAUAAAUCAAAAGGUAUUUCCAAGUAUCUUCCAGACGCAUACCUCUACAAAGCACAAUUAUUUUUGGAUCAAGUGCGCCGCAAAGACUGUGUCAGACUGCUGGAAUGGCAGAAUGGCAUUGUGAAUACUCCCACUGGAUGGUCUUACCACGCCAAAGGACUCUGGUUGUCACUCUCAGGGGAAAAUAUGCCUAGCAUAACGGUUGUCGGCUCUUCGAACUACACUCGUAGAGCAUAUGCCUUGGACCUCGAAACAAAUGCAGUGGUGAUUACGAAGAACGAGUCGGUGAAGGAGCAAAUGGCCAAGGAACUUGAAAACCUGACCAGCCACACCACUCAACUGACAGACUUUAGCCACCGACAUAUCAGCCCAGGCGUGAAAAUUGCAACCACGAUUCUCAGUAAAAUGUUAUGA